CUUGUCCCUUUUGGUCCUGGUCUUAAAUUAUUUCUCAUUUCUUCCUCCCCCUUAAAGACAAUCCCAAGAACUUCCCCCUCGGAUCCGAUUUCAGGGUCCUGUCUUUUCUUCUGCAUUGGGGUUAAAUCAAUGCUCCGUUGAAAAGCCCGUGUUUUGCACCUGUAGUGCUCUCCCGUACCUCCACCGGGCCCUCCCGUCCGGCUUCUGCUCUCUUCCACACGCUCUCUCUCGUGCGUGCUCUCGUUCUGCUUGCUUGCUUGCUCUGUCGCUGCUCGUUCUCCGUCAUCCUACUUUCUUCUUGUCUCACCUCCUCCUCCUCCCUUUUCGCUUCCACCCUCCCUCCCAUCAUUCCCCUUACUCUCGGACUUUCUUCCCCAAGUUGAGCUGUGCUCCCUCAGUCAGCCACCAUGUCCUCUCCUCCGUCCGGCAAACGCAAGCGCAGUGGCUCCCAACACCUCCCUACCGCCGUUCCUGCGCCUGCAGAUCUUUUGCAACCUUCCUCCCGCGAUGCGUCCGGCGAGGAAGGCGACGACUCCACCGGCCCAGCCAUCCCACUGCCCAGCCCCAACAAACACAGGAAACAGCCGUCCCAGGACGUAACAUCGACCGGCGCUGUGCCCCCGUCCAAGCGGGCCCGGAAGGCUUCCGUCAGCGACCACAAUAACCACGGUCAUCUGUCCAACGGCAAUGCGGCGGGAGCGCUAAACAAGGAAGACCCGGGCGAGCCGUCCGAGACCACCGUGGCCAGCAGCGACAUCGAGAAUCAGAGCACCCGACCGGGCCUACAGGUCGACACGACGACACCUCCAGAGCACUUGUUGGAGCCGCCAAAACGCGGUGGGCUUCAGGAUCCCGUCGGUUAUCACACCAACCCACCUCCAGUGGGCCGCCCGGUGCGGGUGUACGCGGAUGGCGUGUUUGAUUUGUUUCACUUGGGUCACAUGCGGCAACUGGAGCAGGCGAAGAAGGCUUUCCCCGACGUAUAUCUGAUUGUGGGUGUGACGGGUGAUGAGGAGACACACAAGCGCAAGGGAUUGACAGUCUUGAGCGGUGCAGAGCGUGCAGAGUCCCUGCGGCACUGCAAAUGGGUGGACGAGGUGAUUCCCGACUGUCCCUGGAUUUUGACCCCGGAGUUCCUCGAGGAGCACAAGAUUGAUUACGUGGCACAUGACGACCUGCCGUAUGGCGCGGAUGAGGGCGACGACAUCUACGCCCCGAUCAAGCGAGCAGGGAAAUUCCUGGUCACGCAGCGCACGGAAGGUGUCAGCACCACGGGCAUCAUCACCAGGAUUGUCCGCGACUACGACCAGUACAUCUCGCGCCAAUUCAAGCGCGGUGCCUCGCGUCAGGAACUGAACGUGUCAUGGAUCAAGAAGAAUGAGUUGGAGAUCAAGCGCCAUGUGUCGGAGCUGCGCGACAACAUCCGGUCUAACUGGACCACCACGGGCCAGGAAUUGGGUCGCGAGCUGCGCCAAUUCUGGCAGAAUAGCCGGCCCGGCAGCCCGGCGCCCAGCACCCGCAACAGCGUGGACCUGGGCGGCUCGCGCAGUGGACUGACGAGCGGACUGACGAGCCCCGUCCUGGGAAACAAGUCGCAUGUGUCGCGGGUUGAGGCUCUGGGCCGUCCCGACAGCCCCAUGGGUACGGGCCGCAAUGAGCCCCCGGAUUACUUUGCCACGGGGUACAGUCUGGGUCUGAUCGGUGGAGUUCGGUCAUGGAUGCGCAGCCGUCGCUCUUUAGUGGGCAGUCGAGCCCCGUCCCCUACCAGCGAGGAGGAACAUGAAUCAGAGGCAGAGCGCAGCAGCGGGCAACAGCUACAGCAAGAACAUGAGUAUGAACAAGAACAUGCAGCUGGUUCCCGAGCAUGAGUGAUAUGUGUCUUUGAUGGUUGUCUGCUGUUGUUGUUUCUCUCCCUCCCCCCCCACAACCCCCCAACCCCUCAACCUAAUCAACCCACCUACCUUCUUGGUUCAUGUCUUCCUGUCCCACAACCUCUCCCUCCCGAUAAUGUAAGGUUAGCAAAAGAACCGGUCGGGAUAUGAGCCGAACUUUUGAAAUUGGACAUCAAAACUUUUUCUUUUCUUUGACUGUCGCACUUCCUCACUUCCUCUUAUCUGCGCGGAAGCCUUACAGAGAAGCCUUACGGAGAAGCCUUACAUGAGAAGCAUCCGUCCACCAAGGGGAAUUCCAAAUCUUGAUGUGGUUCAAAAAGAAAUGAGUAAUGUCUUAUCUUUACGGACCUUUUAUUUGGUUCAAAAAUUGUUAGGGGUGAUGUAUCAUUAUGUGAUGGGAUGGGGAUAUUGUUAUUGGAGAAAGAACUAUUUCCUUGAGAUGAACGUUAUUUUUUGGGGGGUG